CGGCGCCGGGGGCAGCUGGGGGGAAUGGCAGCGCCCCGAAAAUGGGGGCGGUGAUUUGGGAGAGCUGCCCCGAGCUGUCCCCGUCCCGCUCGGGGCUUCCCGGCGCGGUUCGAGCCGCUUUUGUGUCCCCAGCGCCGAGGGAGGAGGUGGCCUACGUGACCUGCACCUACAGGUCCACCUGCAUCGAGCAGCCCGAUUUCCUGGCCACCGUGGACCUGAACCCGCGCUCCUGCACCUACGGCCAGGUGAUCCACCGGCUGCCCAUGCCCAACCUCAAGGACGAGCUGCACUGCGCGGGCUGGGGCCCCGCCUGCGGCUGCUUCGACAGCGGCGCCGCGGCCAAAAGGAGCAAGCUGGUGCUGCCCGGCCUCAUCUCCUCCCGCAUCUACGUGGUGGAUGUGGGCUCGCAGUGCCGGGCGCCGCGCAUCUGCAAGAUGAUCGAGCCCGUGGAUGUGUUCUGGAAGUGCAACAAGGGCUACCUGGCUGUCACCCACCCCCUGCCCAACGGGGACGUGCUGGUGGCCAACAUGGGCGACCCCGCUGGCAACGGCAAAGGUGGCUUCGUGGUGCUGGACGGAGAGACCUUCGAGCUGAAGGGCAACUGGGAGAGCGAGUGUGAGGCUCCCCCGACCGGCUACGACUUCUGGUACCAGGCCCGGCACAACGUCCUGGUCAGCUCGGCCGGGCUGGUGCCCAAGGUGGCCGGGCGUGGCUUCAACCCCGAUGACCUCAAGAAAGGGGUCUUCGGCCGCCGCCUGAACGUGUGGAACCUGUCGUGCCGCAGCCUCACGCAGUGCUUCGACCUGGGCGAGGAUUCCCUGCCGCUGAGCGUGCGCUUCCUGCACAGCGCCGAGGCCGCCGAGGGCUACGUGGGCUGUGCCCUGAGCGGGGCCAUCUUCCGCCUCUACCGAUCCUGCGAGGCGACCUUCAUCGCCGACCUGGUCAUCAGCCCGGACGACCGGUUCCUGUUCGUGUGCAACUGGCUGCACGGGGACAUCCGGCAGUACGAGCUGGCCAGGAACUGCAAGCCGCGGCUGGUGGGGCAGGUGUUCGUGGGGGGCAGCAUCCUGCGAGGGGGCCCCGUGACCGUGUGCCGGGACGAGGAGCUCAAGUGCCAGCCCGAGCCGCUGGUGGUCAAGUGCAAGCGCGUGUACGGCGGCCCCGCCUCGCUGCAGCUGAGCCUGGACGGGAAGCGGCUCUACGUGACCAACUCCUUCUACAGCACCUGGGACCGGCAGUUCUACCCCAGCCUGCUCAAGGAGGGCUCGGUGAUGCUGCAGCUCGACGUGGACACGGACAAGGGCGGCCUGGCCGUGAACAAGAACUUCCUGGUGGAUUUCGGCAAGGAGCCCCACGGGCCGUGCCUGGCGCACGAGAUUCGCUUCCCCGGCGGCGACGCCAAAUCCGUGACCCUGCCCUGAGCCAGCCCGGCAGCGCCGCGGGACCCGGGGCUGUGGAGUGCCCUGGGGGAUGGCAUUGGGACUUUGGGGUGCCCCGGGUGACGGGAUUGGGGAUUUGGGGUGCCCCGGGUGACGGCAUUGGGGGGGAUUGGGGUUUUGGGGUGCCCUGGGUGAUGGUUUUGGGGGGGAUCAGGGCUUUAGGGUCCCCUGGCUGAUGGGACCAGGACUGUGGGGUGCCCUGGGUGAUGGGAUUGGGACUUUGGGGUGGCCUGAGUGAUGGGAUUGGGGGGUUUGGAGUUUUGGGGUCCCCUGGCUGAUGGGAUCGGGGCUUUGGGGUGCCCCGGGUGAUUCGGGGCUUAAGGAUCCCACGGGGGAUUCCUGCUUUGGGGUCCCCUCGGGUGAUUUCAGGGUUCGGGAUCCCCCGGGCCAUUCCCG